UUAAAAAAAAAAAUUAAAAGUGUUGGUAUAUAAAGCAAGAGUUUUAAAAAUUUUCCAAUAUUUGAAAAGUUCAAUUUCAAUUUGAAAUUAAAAAUGGAAAAAUAUUUUAAAAGUUUAUUCCUUAUUAUUAGCUGCUCAUCUGCAAUGAUAAGCAGUUCAUCAAUUGGGACUCUCCCACAUUCUGAACAAGAACGUAAAGAUAUAAUGACAAUCUGCAAUGAAUCCCAAACUAAAGAGUUUAUUUCAAUUAUGAAUACAGCAAAUAUAACAAUGAAUGAUAUUCUUCGGGAUGAAAAUAUUGUAGUUUUAACUACAUCGCUAACAGAUAUAUAUCCGCAAUUCAAAGAAAAAUUAAUAGAAGAAGAAGCAACGUUCAUACCGAUUUAUGGAACAAUGGAUAACGACAUGCCAGCAAUAUUUAGCAUAGCAGUCAUUUUACGUACAACAAAAGAAAAAGUUGAGUUUAUUAUUCAUGCCAAUAGUUCUGAAAAUGCUGCAAAAAUUUUUCAGAAUCUGACAAGUUUUAUCGAUAUUUCUGAUUUAAAAGGUAAUGUUUUUGUGGCAUUAACGAUUCCUGGAGGUGAAGGGAUCAUGACAUUCUCUGAUUAUUUGAAUCGAGUAGGAUACCAACGUUCUGUUUUUUUGAGUCUUAUAUCUCCAAAUGAUUGGAUUAACCAACGAUUUACUGCAUUUAUGAAAAAUUCUACAAUUGAAGUAAAUAUUCGUAAUUAUUUUGAACCGCUCGUGUAUGAAGGGAAUAAAAUUACUAAAUUCACUUUUAGUCAACAGAUUCAACAACUUUGCAAUUGUGCUAUGCAAUGUGUGAACCAUAAAGUUGCCUUAGAUAUGGAAAAGGUGUUAAAAGAAUUAGAAGAGAAAAGUCAUCAACCAGACGAACAAGAAACAAUGACCACAAUGUAUAACUGUCUGUGGUCUUUCGCAAGAUCGAAUCAUAAUAAUGUCAAUAAUUAUAUUCUAAAUUUUCGUAAAUGUUUCAAUGGUAUUCAAUUCCCAAAAACACAUGCUUUGGUACAAAAUGAAUAUUUAAUAAAAUUGAUAUUAUUUACUGAAUGUUUUCAAUUUCAAGAAGCUAGUGUCGCCUGGUCUGAGCCAUUAAGAAAUUUUCAGUUACAACGUUUGGGAAACUUAAAUGAUUGGUACCCGAAAACUAAUAAUGGUUUGCUAAUUCGAAGAAAAGUAAAUCAGAGUUGUAAUGCUAUGAGAAAAGACUUCAAAUUGAAUGCGAGGGGAAAUUUUGUUAAACUAAGCGAUCUCGAUUUCAAGCAAUGUGAUAAAGAACCUAAAGUAAUUGAAAUAUUUGGAUUGAAAAAAGUUAUAAUUGAUAAGGAUAUGGAUUUUACUGGGAAGGAUGUUCAAAUGAUAAUCAUAGCACCCAUAUGGGAAGUAAUUUCGUCUUCGAAUAAUGGAACAAUUGAGCGUAGAUUAAUUAAUUUAAAUGGUAGAAAUGGAACGAAUUUUAAUAAAGAAAGAGCUGAUAAUGGCACUCGAGAUGGAAAUAAAAAUGGUGCUAAUGGUUUAGCUGGGAAGCCAGGAGGACCUGCUGGAAGCUUUUACGGAAUCACAAACAAAAUUAUAAAUGCAGAACAAUUAAGUAUUUUGGCAAAUGGAGGAAGAGGAGGAAAUGGACAAAGUGGUGGACACGGGGCUGUCGGUGCCGAUGGAUUAUCUUAUAACGGAGCACCUGCAAUAGUUUGUGGAGAAAAACUUGCAGGAUGGCAUACUAGCAGAGGAAUGUACGGAAUGACAAGAAGUGGUGCAAAAGUAACUUAUCAUUUUGAUGCCAUAUAUGGUAAGUCUGGAUCUAUUGGCGGAAGCGGAGGUAAUGGAGGUAUUGGCGGAAUUGGCGGGAAAAAAGGCAGUGUUUAUAUUUUCCAAUUAAAAAAUAAUACAGAUAGUUACGAAUCAUUUACAGUAGAUGGUGAAGCAGGAUCAUUAGGUAAAGGUGGAAAGGCUGCUUUGGGUGGUAAAGAAGGUAAUAUGGUCAUUGCAUGUGAAUGCUGUAGUUGGUGGUGUAGUGGCUGUGAAAAAUACACAGUGAUAGGACCUUUCAAUAAAGUAGCUAAAAUGGGUUCUGAAGGGAAGUCAGGCAUCAGUCUGAAGAGGAAAAUAGAUGCAGAGAAUUCACAUACUGAAAAUAGUCUUCCAAAUUCAUUGAAUAGAUAUAAAAUGUUCAUUAGAACCUAUCUAACAAAAUUUCCUUUCAGACAAAUACUAUGGUCCUUUUAUAAUGAUAUAAAUACAUAUAUGUUUAGGUAUGAUACAUUGAGUUUAGUUGAAGAUUAUAUAGGAUUAGAGAAACAAUUUUUUUCUUUAAAUCACUUUAACUUUACAUCUUCAUAUCAACAAUUUAAGAAUCGAAUUGACAUGUAUGUCCUAAAUCCUAAAGAACAAGAAAAAACUGCAGAAUACAAAAAAAUUAUCGAAGAAUUAAAAAAUGAUGCCGAAAAACGUCUUAAAUCUGUCUUAUCACAUCGUUUCUAUUAUGAUGUCACUCUAGACCCAAUUGAAGAAGCAAAGAAUUCUUUCAAGCCACUGAUAAUUCAAUUAGAAAAUUUUAGAAGUACUAACAUUAUUUUACAUCUUCUCAAACAACAUAUUUUUUCACUGGAAGAUACGAUGGCAGAAGGUCAAAGAUUAAUUGAAACAUUGGCAAAAGAUGCUAUCUGGGAUACAGAAGACAUGUUAGAUCAAGAAUUGGAUUCUGUACUUACAGAAAUUUUAGAGAUGAAGCAGCAUGAACUUUACAAUCAAGAUAAACUGAAAGAAAGUCGUGAGAAAUUAGGAGAAAUUAUAAGCCUUAGAAGAAUGUUUGGAAUUUUGAAAGUUGGUUGUGCAGCAUUAGGAAUUAUAAAUCCUUUUUUAGGAACAGCGGCUAUAGCUGCUAUUGGAGUUGUCGACGCAUUUACAACUGAUGGAGACGAAGCACAAGUAACCGCCAUACCAAAAUAUUUCGAGGUUCUGGUUAGAGAGUCCGAUAAUUACUAUAAAAACAUGAAGACUGAAGAAAAUAAUGUCAUUGAAGAACAGGAAAAAUUUGUGAAGGCAAAAAUUAAGGAAACUACAACACUCGCUGGUGCUGCUGCGAUCUCUAAUGUUUGGCAAUCAUCAAGCAAAUAUAGAAAUACAGGAUAUGGAACACAGCAAAGUGAGAAAUUAAAAAAUUCCCGACACGCUAUGCAGGAAGUCUACGCUCGUAAAGAAACUGAAUUAACAAUAGAAUUAGAAAAUUUAAAAAAACCAAAUCAAAAACAGGAUAUAAAUGAUAUAAAAGCUCUUGAAACUGGAUUAGAUGUAACUAAAUAUUUAAAAGUAACAUCUAUGAUUGCCACAGGUAUAUCGGAAAGCGUUGUUAGUAUUAUGAGAAAUGAUAAAAAAGUUAAUGAAAUUGAUGCAGCACUAACCAAAAGUUAUGAUACUUGGAAAGAACUUAAUUCAUUAGAGAACAAUAUUUAUAACAAAAUUAAUCCACUGUUUACUAACAUGAAGACAAAUUUAGAUAGUAUGCAGAGUGAUCUGGAAAAUAUGAAUGAAUUUCAACAAGAAAUUGCAAAAUGGAAUGUUACCGGCACAAUUAAGGGCAUACAGCAUAUUUUAAAUAGUGUGACUAAAAACUUUAAAGUAAAUGAGAACAUGAAUUUUGUGUUCAAUAAACUCAUUGGAGAUUUUGACACACUUUUUAAUUUACACACAUUAUUGUUGGAUGGCAAGAAGGAAAAAUUAGAUAAAAUCUAUCUUACUAAUAUUCUUAUUGCUCAUUCUAAUCAUGGUAAUAAUUUGUUAAUUAGUGAUUCUGAAUUGCGAAAUGCGAUAUCAGAAUUACAGGUUAUUAGCACAACGAAUCAAUUAGCUGAAAAUUAUCAUAAAUGGCUUUUUACGUUUAAACAGUAUGCGUUCCCUUAUACUGGAGAAAAAUUGGAUUUGUUACCCGAUUUCAGUAAAUUUAGAAACAAAAGUAUCACUAAUUUUGCAAAUUUCAUAAUUAAAAAUAAAGAUUUUAUAAUAGCAAAUUCUGCAUCUGCUACAACUACAAAUAAUAAAAUGACAGCAGUUUUCAAAGGCUCUAACUUUCCAUAUGACAUAUCAAGAUUUUCUUUCUACAUUUGGAAAAAUGAUGAGAAUAAACAAGAGUUAAAAGAUAUUUUAAAUGGUGUGAAAACAACUUUGGUUGCAGAUAUCAAUAACUGUAAUUUGCCUUACGAUAGCGUAAAGUUUAAUCGUAUUAAAAUAUUGUUUACUGUUAAUAGGGCAAAUAUCCAAGAGGAAUUAAAUGAAGAGCUAAAAAAUUUCGAUGUAAAGCUGACACAUCAUGGAGAUUCAAAGUAUAGAUAUGGUAGUUCCAUUUAUGAUAUUAGAAAUAAUCCAACAAAUUUUCGGUUUGCUUAUGCGGCAAACAAUAAUGAACGGGAAUCACAACUUGUUUCGAGGUUCGCCAAUGCUCCCUACAUGUUAAGUCCAUAUGCAACAUGGUCGAUUCAACUUUUGCCAAUACAUUCAUCUCGUAACUUUACAUUUUUACAGAAAUUCGCUGACAUUGUUAGUCUAGAACUUAUAGGAAAUGCUGAAUAUUUGGAAAAUUAUGAAUGUGACUCAACAUGUGAAGUAAAAAUGAAAAAAUUUUAUACACUUGCAACUGAUUUAGCAAAAAAUGAAUAAUUUACAUUUGUGAAGUUUUAUUGUAAUUUAAAAAAAAAUUAUUUACCCUAUAAAAAACUUUAACAAGAAAAAAUACAAAAAUGUAGUUUAUUGUUAGAUAUAUGUAACAACAACUAAAUUGUUGUUUUAAAUUUAUAUCAUAAUCUUUGAAAACCUAAUUUUAAUAUAGGGAUUUUCGAAAUUUUUAACUCAAAAUGCAAUUCUAAUAAUGUCAAUUAUAACAAUAUUUACAUAUAUAAUUUUUAAUAGUCGCUAAAUAAUUUUUUGUAAUAUUUAUACAUUCUGUCUAUUUAAAUAAUUAACAUUUUCUAAAAUAAUUAAAAUUUAUUCAUUCAUACUUUAUUAUAUAUACUUAUUGUAUAUACUUUAUUUAGAAAAUUUGUGCUUUUACACAUUUACAGUACACAAAAAUCAAUAUAAAAUUCUUGUUUAAUAAUUAUUAUAAAUUUCUCUUUGCAAAUUUAUUCUCAUUUUUUCCGAUUAAAAUGACUAUUGUGAGAUGUAUACUCUUGUCAAGUAGUUUAAAUAUUUGUGGAAUUGUAAACAUUCCUAUUUAAAGUCAUUGUUGGGGAAUAUAAUUGUAAGCCAUUUUGGGGGUUUAUUGAAUAAACAUAACAUUUUAAACUGUA